AUGACCAGCUCUUCCGAGCCAAAGGGCGACAAUAUGCUGAGCACAAUACCAACAACACAUCAAACAUAUCUACGCUGGGCCACGCGAGCAGACAUUCCAACAAUUGCCAGGAUACUGCGGGAUAAUCUUCUAGAUUUCGAGUUCCACGACCACUUCUGUCCCAAAAGGAAGGAGAAUCCCGAAGAGUUCUACCUCUUUGCACUAGGUCGGGUUCGCAUGUUCUUCGUGAAGCCAUGCAUUCGAUUCAUGGUGGCUGAGAAGCUUGAGCUCAGUGUAUCUGGACAUCAGAGGACGAAAAUUGUAGGCUUCUCGACCUGGGACGCUCAAGGGAAAGACAACCCCAUCGCCAAAGAGUGGCGUCGACAGGACAGUGGAUGGCUUCAAGCCAUUGAGAGGAAGUUAAUAGACCUUGAGUUGGCGAACUAUCGAUACCUGCAGAACACCAUUUUUGAGUACGAUGCAUUUCAACGAGCGUGGAGACUACUGCACGAGAGUUAUGCACACAUCGAGUCUCUAGAGUCGAAUUUGCACCUGCAAUUCCUGAUGGUUGAUCCAGCGUGGCAUGGACGUCAUGGUAUUGGUCACAAGCUGUUGCAGUGGGGUCUCGAUGUCGCUGAUGCUGUGGGUUUGCCUGUGGUCAUCGAGAGUAGCUUAAUGGGGUACCCAUUCUACCUGAAGCAUGGCUGCAAGCUCUUGACGCAUGUUAGGAUAGAUGUCGUGCCGGAGAAGGCUUAUGACAUGCCCAUCUUGGUGUAUGAGCCGGAAGGAAAGGAGGGAGUCUUUGUAUGA